CACGCAACCGCCAACAGCCCCGCUAUCCACCCGCACCCAUCGUGACCAGGACACCGGGAGCAGGUCUCGCCCGCGCCGUCCGCCACGGCCCCGAUCGAGAUGGACGGCGUUCCGGAGGACAACACGUCCCUAGCGACGCUGUUCAACGUCCAGCGACAGAAGGUGGAGCUCGACUUCAGCUUCUGCCCGCGGCUUGUCAAAGGGACCACGGCGAUAGACGUGGUCCCGCUGACGCCGCACCUCAAGGAGAUACACCUCAACUGCCGGCAGCUCAAGCCCACGCGCAUUACCGUCGAGAACAAGCCCGCCGCCUUCAGCUACCAGAAUCUGUACGAGCGGCUACAACUUUACCCGACCACCGGCGUGCAGCAGUAUCACUUUCCACAACAGCGGCUCCGGCGGCAUGAAGAAGGCGCCGAGGAAGAGCUGGUCAUCUUUGUGCCAGACAAGGCCCGCAUUCGGGAGACAAGAGAAGAAGGCGUGCUAGCGUACACGCCGUUAAAGGUGGUGAUCGAAUAUGUUCUUGAUGACUUCCGGGAUGCUAUACACUUCGCGGGCAUCGAGGACGGAGACGCGCGGUACCCACACGCCUACACGCGCAACUCGCCCUUCCCGGGAAUGGCGUCCUGCCUGUUUCCCUGCGUAGACGACGGCAGCACGAGGUGCAACUUUGACGUUGCUAUACGGUAUCCACGGACCAUGGGGGAUGCGCUCUGCAAGACCGCCCGGACAAGCGGCCAGCCGCAGAUGAACGGUGUGCACAAGGCCGACAGCGUCAUGAGCGAGCCCGAUGAGGAUCAAAACGACCUCACCGAGGAGGAGAAGGCCUUGGAGAUGACGGUCAUCUGCUCCGGAAUGCUGACAGAUGACAUCGAGGACCGCACCGAUCCGUCACGAGCGACCGCGAGCUUCACCAUCGACGCCACCAUGGGCAUUCUUCCCCAGCAUAUUGGCAUUGUUAUCGGACCGUUCCAGCACGUGGACCUUACAGAGUACCGCGACAUCUCCGACGAAGACCGGUUACGCGAGGAGGCUAUCAAGGUGCAUGCCUUUUGUUUACCUGGAAAGGAGGACGAGGCCCGCAACAGCGCCAUGAUGCUGGCAAGGACCCUCGACAGUUUCACCGAGCGUUACCAAACCUAUAGAUUCGGCAAAUCUUAUAAGCUCGCGUUUGUGGACGACUUGGACUGCGACGCGGCACACACGGCCUCUCUAUCCAUAUGCAGCUCCCGGCUGCUCUUCCCGGAGACUGUGUGGGAACCGCUGGAACACACCACCAGAGUCCUCAUCCACGCUGUCGCCAGCCAGUGGAUAGGAAUUGACCUCAUUGCCAAGAGCCCGUCCGACUACUGGGUCAUAUCCGCCAGCUCCUGGUUCAUGACUGAGUUCUACCUCCGCGAACUUUUUGGUCGCAACGAUCACCGAUUUCGGCAGAAAUUGAUGGUUGACAAGAUUAUGCAGAUGGACAUACGUCGACCCUCUCUUUACAAGCUGGGGAAGUACCUACCUCUUGAUCCUGGCGAACGGGACUUCAUGGAGAUUAAGGCGCUGUCAGUGCUCUCCAUCCUGCACAACCGACUUGUGAAGGCGAGCGGGAAGAACGGCGUGGAUCGAUGCCUAUAUCGAAUGCUGUUCAUGCUCGGAAACGGGAAACUUGACAAUGGGGCCAUCUCUACAGAAGAAUUCCGCGAUAUUUGCGAAAAGGUCGGACACCAAAAGUUGGAGAACUUCUUCAAGCAAUGGGUCUACGGAUCCGGCUGUCCGACCUUCGAGUGCUUCCCACAGUUCAAUAAGAAGAAGCAGGUCAUUCAGCUCACCAUCAAACAGACGCAGGCAGACCCGACAAUGUCAUUAGACGACCAUACCCUCUCCGCUGAAGAGUUCAUGAGGGAGGGCCGAGAGAGGCUGCACAAGUUUUACCCGGACCCUGAUUGGCCAGCGUUUGUUGGUCCCAUGACGAUUCGCAUCCACGAGGCGGAUGGCACGCCGUACGAACAUAUCGUCGACAUUAACUCUUCUAAUGUGAAGGUGGAGAUACCUUACAACACCAAGUACAAGCGUUUGAAGCGCAAUCGCUUGAACAAGGAACGAAUGGCUGCCGCGCAAGGACUAGAUGCAACCGGCGAGGCACAAGACGACGUUACCUUCUACUCCCUAGGAGAUCUCUUCUCAACGCCAGAGGAAGCUAGCGAGUGGCAGAUCUCAGAUUGGCCUCCAGACGACGAACAGAAGAUGGAUAACGAAGCCUAUGAAUGGAUUCGCGUGGACGCGGAUUUCGAAUGGAUCUGUCGAGCCAACAUUAACGACAUGCCGUCGUACAUGUAUGUCUCGCAGUUGCAACAGGACAAGGAUGUUGUGGCACAAGCAGAGUCCAUUCAGUAUCUCGCACUUAAACAAGGUCAUCGACUCAUCUCGAGUUUCCUUGUCAAGACGCUCAUGGACAGUCGAUAUUUCCAUGGGAUUCGGACUAUGGCUGCCGAGGUCCUGGCGUUAAGUGCGAUGCAAGAGACGGGAUGGAUUGGCUUUUUCCACCUCAAGAAGGCCUUCCAGGAGCUCUUCUGUCUACCUAAUUCACCCAUGACCAGGCCCAACGACUUUUCUGACCGAAGCUUAUAUCUCAUCCAAUGUGCCAUUCCUAAAGCAAUCGCCAAGAUCAAGCGUAAUGACGGGAAGGCGCCCAUGGAGGUGAAGCGGUUCCUGCUCGACAUUAUUCGGUACAACGACAAUCGGGGCAAUGACUACAGCGAUGAUCAUUACCUCGCUACGCUUAUGCGAUGUCUCACAGAAUGCCUCGUCAGCUCUAAACCGAACCUCACGGACUCAGACCCCACGCUCAGCCUUGUAGAUGAGGCGGAAGAGUUCGACUUCGCUAGGAAAGCUAUUGAAGAGUUGGAGCGCCACCAGCGGCUUGACGAGUGGAUCCCUACGUACCAGAACAUCUACACGACGGCCGCGCUAGAGUGCGCGGUCAAGCUCAUCAAGAACCGCGUUAGGCCAUUCAAGGUUUCGGAGUUCUUGCAGUACGCUCAGAUUGGAAACGCCGACAACGUGCGCCUGAAGGCGUGGGAGUGCCUCAUCCAGCUGGGCGUGUUCAAGAAGAAGGAUAGCGUGAUCAAGUAUAUGCUCCACGAGAUCCACUCCGAUCCGUCACCAUACUUUAGGGCGCAGAUGCUCCGCAUUUUCGGCACUGCUGUGGGGCAGGUCGCCGUUGGAGACGUCUUCGUUCUUGACGACCCUAGCGAGCAGGCCAAUGGAGGUCUCGUCCUUGAAGACAAUACCGGCGUGUCGGACCGAGCAGCCGAGAUUGCGCGCCGCAGGCUGGAGGGUGCUCUUCGCGGGCUGAAGGCUGAUAUGGGACACAAUGAGACUCUGAGGCAAUCGCUGGAGGUUGCUUUGAAGUCAAGGAGCAUGUCGGCACGGGACGUGUCAGAGCUGCUGGAUUUCUGCGAGAUGAUCGUCGACCCUGUCACCAAGCUCGAGAUCACGCUCCAGUACCCGCGAUACUGGAAGGUGCAAUGGCUCGGCGGCCCCGAGGGACGAUUACGCUUCUACCGCGGCGAUCGCAUACGGACGCAACCGUUGCGGCCUUUCCUACCGCAGGCUCAAGCAAAGGCUCAGCCACAAGCCCCAGCUGCACCACCGAUCAAGCUCAAGCUCAAGCCUAGUAGUUCCAAGCCGGGGCCUCCGUCCGCCGCUAUGCCCUCGCCUGCGUCUGUGUCUGCCCCUUUCUCCGUAUCGGCUGAUUCCCUAGCAGUCGCACCCCCGACAGAAGGCUCGGACAGGAGGGCAUCAGAAUGGAUGCCUCCUCCGUCCAUCCAGAAGAGUCCUUCUCCCGCACCAGCCCCCACCAUUUCCCAGGCGCUGUCGCCCGCUCUGCCAGCUAAGCCACCCUCUCCCGCCGCGCCUCCACCACGUCAAUCCACAACGCCUGCACCGCCCGUAAUCGAGAGCCCCGCUGCUAUCACAGCGCCUACGCCGCAAGCCUCCCCACCGCCGCCCGCGCCCUCGCAAAUUGUCAAGAUCAAGGUUCCUACAGCUCGCGCCCCGCCCAAGACAGCGGCUACACCGAAACCCGCCGCAACACCAAAGACCGCCAAGGGCAAGAAGGCUCAGAGCCGCAUCGUCAAGUUGAAACUCGCGCCCGAGCAUCUGGCGCGCUUCCCCAAUGGCGCGAAUACUAAGAAGCGCAAGGCGGACGGGGAGCUGGACGUCCCGCGGCCGGCGAAGCGGCAGAGCACCGAGCCCGCCGCCGCGCCGCCGUUGAGUAAUGGAACGGCAGCGCAGGGGCAUCGUGUCUCGGUGGAGAGAGUGGGCGGGCAGCGGCCGAAGCUGCUGCUCAAGCUGAAUGUGGGCAGGGGCAAGUUGCCGCCCGGUUGAUUUCCAACCGCGGAAGAGGGCGAUAUCGUGCUGGGCGAUGCAGUAGCAUUGGUAGCGAGUUGAAGUGUGAGAUGGACUUGGUGGUUAUUUACAUGCGGGAUCGGUAUUGGUAUGCAUUACAUGGCGUUUUCUUUUUUUUUUUUAACGACUCUGGCACGUUUAUCGCUAGACAUUAGCACUUGGGGACUAGUAGUAGUAGCAUCUAGCGCACGGCGUUCGUCUUUGCGGGUGCGAUGGGAUAGGAUAGGAUAGGAUAGGAUAGGAUAGGAUAGGAUUAGGAUAGGAGAUACCCCUCCCUCGUAGGUUUUACUACUACUACUACGACUACUAUGUGAGUAGAUGUAUCGGAGACUUCAAUUUAAAAUAAUUUCUUUGUGG